AUGCUUGCCCAGCUCUCCAGCUUGCGGUGGCCGCCCCGUGCUGCGAUGCGACUCUCCCCUCGCCAAGCAACAAAGCUACGCCAUCUUACACCCAACGGGUUCCUGGGGUUGUUUCGGCCGGCACUGGUCUUUUCCAUUCAGCUAAUCAACAAGUUAGCGAAACCUCUCCGCGUCCUGUUGUGUCCUGCAGACAGCUGCACCAAUUCGGAUCAUACUCUGGCUUCGCCGGGAUCAAUACAAGGCGACCUGCUCUCAAGAUCAAGGGACUACAAACUCAUGAUAUAUUCGCCAGACAGCCUCGAGUUUAUCAUGUGA